AUGGCAACCACUCGCUACAACUCCAACGACUUCCGUCGCCAGCUGGGUUCUCCGAGACCAAAAGGCCGUGCGGACACAAAAGACACUCUCUGUCGGAACAUACUUAUAUAUGGCCACUGUCGAUACGAAGAUGCUGGCUGCGCCUUCAACCACGACCAAACAAAGAAGUCUCCAAAACCUGAUACAUCCACACGCAAGACUCUCAAUGUAGACUCUGCGCCUUUCACUCCGGCCGUGUCGUCACAGCCAUCUAAGAAAACGUUCUCUUCAUCCCAUGCAGCCAGUGCUGCCGUCUUUACGCCCAGAGCCACAGCUGCAACACCCACUGGUACUCCUACCGCUCAGGAAACCGACAUACCGCCUGCGGCAAACACUCCUAGCGCUUUUAGCAAUAUUGCUGCGAUCAGAGAGUUCACUCCACAGCAACAAAACUACGACCUCACCACUAAUGGUGCUGCUGCGGCCACCCAGGAUGCCUCUCUCAACUAUGAUCCUUUCACAAUGAGCAGCGUGGCCAGCACUCUGCCCGCCGCUCCGUAUAACCCUUAUGCUUCCACCGAUCAUGCUGGCUUGGUAGCCCAUAGCGGUGCUUACUUCCCCAGCGCCCAAGCCGGUUAUCAAUCGUUGAUACCUCCAUCUUUCCACCUAUACGCGCCCAUUGGCCCUUACAGGGAAGACCUACAGCCAUGGCAGCGCUCAACUUAUGACUUCUUCAUGCCCGAGAACCUGAGACUGGAGUUGCAGAACAAAUCCCAUGCUGCGCUUCAGACUAUGACCGGCACUGCUGCUUUGCAGAUGCCCCAGGUGGGCAACUACCACACACUUGUCACUUUGGACAAGACAAGCAACAGGAAAUCCUCGAGUCUUUUCGGCUACGUCACAUGGGUUUACAAGGCCGUCUCGGGCAAGACGAGUAGACUCUACUCUCUGAGGCGCCUUGAGGGUUUUACCGUGUCCAAUGAUCAAAUCCUCAGGCCGGUCAAGGAAUGGAAAAAGAUAACGAACGGCAACAUCGUAGCCAUGCAAGAUGCCUUUACCACGAGGGCGUGGGGAGACAGCUCAUUGAUGUUCUCGUUCGAGUAUUUCCCUCUGGCAGAAACUCUGAUGGAGCACCAUUUCCCCAACGCCCAGCACAAGACUUCAUUUCGCAGUAACACCAUCCAUCAGGCGAGCGAGACGGUCCUCUGGAGCUACAUAGUUCAGAUAUCCAACGCUCUGAACUCGAUACACAGCAACGGAUUGGCUGCCAGAUGCAUUGACGCCACCAAGAUCAUCAUUACAGGCAAGAACCACAUUCGCCUGAGCUCAUGUGGCAUUCUCGAUGUCAUCGACUACGAAAAAUCAAAGCCCAUGGCGGAGCUUCAAGAGGAAGACUUUGUCGCAUUCGGGAAGUUGAUAGUAUCCCUGGCAACCAACACCCCGCCAACAAGCCUUAACCUCGGUAAGGCGAUAGAGCAGAUGGGUAGGAAUCACUCCAGCACUCUCAAGGACAUGGUUCUUUGGCUGCUGAACCCGCCCCAGGCCCUGGGGCAGAAGACUGUCAAGAAUCUCGUGGCAGGUAUUAAUGAGCACGUCAUGACGGCGUUUGACGCGCAACAGCGGCAGUCUGACAUGCUAUACUCGGAGCUAUAUCGUGAGGUGGAGAACGGGCGAGUUCUUCGACUGCUGAUGAAGCUUGCAACAAUCAACGAGCGCACUGAGUACGACAAGGACGCGGGAUGGUCCGAGAAUGGCGACCGGUAUAUGCUCAAGCUGUUUCGGGACUAUGUCUUCCACCAAGUUGAUGCCCAGGGCAGGCCGGUGCUUGAUCCGGGUCAUAUGCUUCGUUGUAUGUCCAAAUUGGACGUCGGGACAGAGGAGCGCAUCAAGCUCACUUCUCGCGAUUGCGAGACGGACUUUCUGGUGACAUAUAAGGAUCUCAAGGGCGCUGUGCAAAGCGCGUUCGGCGAAUUGCUCAAGGGCAGCGGCAACGGGCGUGGCGGACCAGUGGCGAGUGGCAGUGGCCAUGGUGUACAUCACCCUUCCCACAGGGAUCGAUUUUAA